GGAACGUUGGAACGGCACUCCAGUGCUAUUUUGAAUUACGGGCAUGGCAAAGAUGUACUGUGACUGAUUCGAACCUCUUUUGGCCUAUGCUGACCCGUAUAUGAACCUAUCUCUUCCUCUGGGUCUUUCUACUGCUGUACCCUGGUAUUGCGCUUAAUCUGAACCAACUCGGAUAUCCUCGACCAUGCUUGAAAACUGGCAGCUAGCUUUGUUGAGUUGUGUAGGAGCAACUGUAGUCCUUUACAUAUGGCCGUCUGCCCACCGUUUCCCAGUGCCUCCCGGUCCCAAACCAAAAUUCUGGACGGGGAAUGUUCACCAGUUACCUACCUCAAAUGCUUGGGUGACUUAUAUGAAAUGGUCUCAGCAAUAUGGUCCUGUUGUCUUCUUCCGCAUCUUCAGUCGACAAUAUGUGGUUUUAAACACUGUCAAGGCGGCAAUAGAUUUGCUCGAGUCCAGAUCUGGAAUUUAUUCUGACAGACCACGGGCGUGGAUGUACAAAGAGUUGGCAGGAAGAAAAUGGGCAGUCUUCAAUAUAUAUAUUCACGAACCUCGCCACAAGCAGUAUCGUAAAUUGCUACACUCUGGCCUCAAUCCUCGGGCUACAGAUACCUACCGUCAGAUCCUAGAGGAUGAAACAGAAAAGUUCCUACAAGGGCUCGCAGUGACUCCCGACCAGUUCAUUUCUCAUAUUAGGAGAUAUGCCGGGGCAAAUAUUCUCAAGGUUGCAUAUGGGUGGACUGUCUCGGGCAAUGACGACUACUUCGUGAAAAUUAUGGAGGAAUCUAUCGGUAUACAAGCGCAGGCAACGCAGCCUGGUCGUUGGCUCGUAGAUUCAUAUCCGAUUAUCCGUUUUCUUCCUAGAUGGUUCCCUUUCACCGAUUUCCAUCGCCACGCGGACUACUUUCGCGAACAGCUCAAUCGAGUUGACUUCAUCCCUCAUGCUUGGGCCAAAGAGCAAAUUCAAUCCGGAAAUUACGUCGAGUCUUUCACAUCCCUGCACUUGCGACCUGAAAGUGGCGAGGUACCUGAUGCAGAACAAGAAGACAUAAUCAAAUGGUGCAGCAGUGCCUUAUAUGCCGGAGGAGCGGAUACUAUCGUUGCGGUUAUCACAGCUUUCUUCCUCGCCAUGACUUUGUAUCCAGAAGUGCAGAAACGUGCGCAAGCUGAAGUCGCUGCAGUUGUUGCCGAUGGGCUUCCCACUCUUGAUCAUCAGAAGAGUCUCCCUUACGUCUCUGCUCUAAUUAAAGAGGUUCUCCGAUGGGCUCCUGCUGCUCCUUUGGGGCUUCCUCAUAGAGUCACACAAGAUGAUAUAUACGAAGGUUGCCGGAUCCUCAAGGGAGCAACAAUUGUAGGGAACAUAUGGGCACUCGCUCAUGAUGAAUCAGUUUAUCCCAACCCCUCGGAAUUCAAACCUGAACGGCACCUAGAGGACAAUGAACCUCAACUUGAUCCCCGAAAGAUCAUCUUCGGUUUUGGCAGAAGAAUAUGCCCAGGCGCGCAUUUUGCUGAAGUGUCUCUCUUCUUGAGCAUUUCGAACAUUUUGGCGAGCUUUGAUAUUAGCAAGGCCAUCGACAAAGAUGGAAGAGAAAUUGAUCCCGUGAUUGAAUUCACGCCUGGUAUCACAGCUCAUGUCAAGCCGUUUCCUUGUCUUGUUGUUCCUCAUACACGGUCAACAGCCUGAGAAAAUUUCCAGCCAUAGUUCUAGGAUACGCCAAUGCCUCACCGUUCUGUACUUUUAAUUUGACAGAAACCCAGUUCCUC